CAGUGAUUCAGCCAAGACUAUGAAACAUAGUUGAGAGAGGAAUCAAAGAACUCGUGCUCACUCCAGUGGUUGGUUGAGCAUAAGCCGAAGAAGAAGAAGAAGAAGAAGUGUUGUUGUUCCAAAUCAGAAUAGCGAUGAGAAGAAACAAUUCAAAUUAUUGCAAUUAUCGGAACCCAUGUAUAACUAUGCAUCAACCUUGGGCUUCUCUCCUCGUUUACGGAAUCAAGCGUAUCGAGGGAAGGUCAUGGCCCGCUCCCAUCACAGGUCGUCUUUGGAUUCAUGCUGCUGGUAAAGUCCCAGAUGAGUCUACUAUAAAAGCAAUGGAAUAUUUCUACAAGGAAAUUUAUGCACUCAAUGGCAUUACUGAUAUCAAUUUUCCUCAUCACUACCCUGUUUCUAGGCUUUUAGGCUGCGUUGAAGUGGUUGGUUGCUUAACUCGUGAUGAGUUAUCGUGUUGGGAGAUGGUUCCUGAAGGGGUAAGGCUGGAAGCACUAACUGAUUAUUGUUGGUUGUGUGAACGGCCACAGAAAUUGUUGAUUCCAUUUGAGAUGCGAGGUUACCAAGGCGUUUAUAACUUGGAAAGAAAGAUUUAUGAUGCUGCAGUUAGAGGGCUGUCCCCAGUUAAUUGCCCGUUGCCAGUGAAAUUUCCGCUUCCAGAUCCAUCUGACCCGCUUUCCCUGAAGCCAGGUUGUGUCUCUGCAAUUAAUCGUAACUUCAAAGCAAAUGAAGUGGACAAGUCGUCAAGUAUAAUUCUAGCCAUAGCUGGGGCACGCGCGGCAGCUACUCAGUUCUCAAAGAAGGAUUAUAAUACCCAAAGCACUAAUCGAAACAACAAACCUGACCAAAUUCAUGCUAAUCAUGACGAGACACAAGUUGGUAGACCCUAUCAUUUACAACCACAUCGCACGACUAUGGAAAAGGAGAGCAUACCAUGCACUGAAGUAAAUGGGAAAUUUGAUGAUGGCGACCUCUCGUCAGAUCAUGAAGUAAAAGGCAGUAGUAAAAUGAAUGAGGGAAGUAGUUCGCACCAUCAGUUACCUCGUGCUGACAGGAGACAAUAUUUUCAGUCCUCUAAAAAGGGGGUUCUGGUAUAUAGAGAGAAGAUCAGUGGUGACAAGUCUGAGGAAAGCAGUAAGCACCAUCAAUCUUCUGCUGCAGAAGCAGAUUUGAGACAGCAUCCUCAGCCAUAUCCAAGAUUUUUGCCACGGCGAUGAAAAACUUGAAGUAGUGAUCAUGGAAGGAGUCAGACGUCUGAGCCUGAUUGUGAAUUUGUAACCUACUGAAUGGAUCAUUACUUUUUAGGCUGAAAUAAAGCUUGGAAGUGGAUGCUUGCUUGAAUCAUCCGGAUGCUUGCUUGAAUCGUUCGGAUGCUUGAGUCCAUAAACUAUACUAAUUUUAUUUCAUUUCUUGGUGUCUGAGUGACAGAGCUCAGGUUCUUGUAUCAUAGAGUAGUAGAAGUCUAGAAGAUUGUGGCAUGUGGAUAAUGUGGUAGUGGAUUUAAUUCAUCCAUGUAAACAAUAAACAAACUUGAAUAAUGUUAGGCUCGAAUCUUUGAUAGCCUGUGUAUGGAAAACAUGUUCGCUUCUCCAUAUCCAUAUUCACGAUGUAAGAUUCUUUUAAUAUUUCUUUUUCUUUAUUGACAUUUUUUUAUCAAAA